UCCAAUUUUUGCCUUGAAAAAUUCUACUAUCUUUCGCCAUAAUAAAUAAUGUUACAGAUUAUCACAUCUAUUGCAUUAAUGGCAGCUGUUGCUGCUGCUAGUACCACUGUGGAGGAUGUUGCUUCCCUGACUGUAUGGGAUCGUAUCAAGAAUAACGACUGGAGAUUGGAAUUGAUCACUAUCAGUUUCACCCUUGGGUUUGUGGUUUUAUUCAAGAUUGGUGAUUUGUACAACAAGAGUUUAGUUACCAAGUUUUUGGAAGGAACCAAGGAAACUUUGGAAGCAAACUUUUUCCAAGUGGGAGUUUCUAAGGAAGACUUGUACAUCAAGGAUUCCCCUGAAAACUAUUCUUCUUAUGCCACUGGUAGAGAAAACAUCGCCAAGGUCAACUUUGACUUUAAAUUGAGACCAAGAAACAACAUUUUUGUUUGGAUUCUUGAAGGUAUUAUGUCCUAUUUCACUGAGUACGUUCAAAAGCCUAUCGAUAAGGUUGAUAUCGUCAUUCAACCUUCAAUUCCUUAUGAUAACUUUAUCAGCGCAAUUGUGUCUAAACUUGGAAUGAAUGACUUCAGAAAGUUCAAUUACUUUUUGUCUUUGACCAGAACCGUUGACUCUACCAAGAUCCCUGAAUCAUUUGUAUUUAUGAGUGAAGGUAGCGAAUUCCAUGACAAGUUAUUGACUCCAGCUUUGGCUGAUGCUUUGACUAUUGAAGCUGCUUCAUAUAUCAGAUAUAUUGCGUUCACUGACCAAGCUACUGAAAAGCCAGAUUCUCCAGAAGGUUAUGCCCCUUACCGGAGAAUUGUUAUUUCCAUGAGCUUACCUUCCAAAAAGGCUCAAAUUGCUCAAAUUUCCAAGACUUUAGAUGCUAUAUUUUCUAUCAUUGACGGUAUCGCCGAAAAGUCCAUUACCUUCAAGUCCGAAAGUUUGAAAAAGGUAGCCAAGACCAGAGAAACCGAAUUGAACAAAAUCUUGAAGGCCCUAGAACAGGAAAGACUAGAAAUCGAAGCUGAAGAAAAGGCCAAGUUAAAGAGAGAAGAAAGGGAAAAGAUCAGAAACUUGAGUCCUGAAGAACAAGCCAAGUUGGAGAAGAAGGAGCUGGAAAAGAAGCAAAAGAAGCUUCAAAAGAAACAAAGAGUUAGAAUGUAAUCAAGUUUGACACUUUUGUAUAAAUAUAUAAUCCUUAUUUCU